AUGGCGGGUGUUGAGGAAGAAUCGGUGGAGUAUGAGAGUGAUCCGGAAGAGGCAAAGUUGUCUUUGAAGAUGCGGAGGAGGGAAGCGAGUGAUGACGAGGAGGAGGAGGGGGAGGAGGAGAGAGAAAAUAGAGAGAAGCUGCUGAGGAAGGUCGAUUCGGAAGGUGAAUCGGAUGGGCAAGGUGCCGCGGCAGAGUACGAUGACGAUGAUGAAGAAUUAGAUACGGAGGAAGAAGAGGAAGUAGAGGAAGGGACUGCGGAGGAGGAAGAGGGGGAGUAUGAGGAGAGAGAAGGCGAGGUUGGUGGAGAUCAUGGUCAAGUGGCGGAUGCGGUGGCAGAAGGAGUGGUGGAGGUGGAGAAGGAGGUAAGUGGGGAUGGGGGUAGUAGAGCUGGUGGAGAUGUUUUGGAAGUUCAGCAGGAGGUAAAUAGCAUUGAUCAGGUAAAUGAGGAGAAGAAAGAGAAUGAGCCGUUUGCGGUGCCAACGGCUGGUGCUUUCUAUAUGCACGAUGAUCGUUUUCGGGAGUAUGUCGGCGGGCGACACAGGCGAACACGUGGUGGAAGGAAGCUGUGGGAGUCAAAAGAUGACAGCAAAUGGGGGCAUGACAAGUUUGAGGAGUUGACUACACAGCAAGGGCAUUAUGAAGAGGGUAGGAGGACUUCUAGGGGCCGCUAUCGAGGUCGUGGUAAAAAUCGAGGUGUGGACCCUGGGUAUCCACAAGGAAAUAGGCCUAAAGCAUACAACAACAACAUUCAAAACAAUGCACCUAAGGGUGUGAGAGGGAGAGGCCCAAGAAGGUAUCAGCCCUCUUCAAAGAAUGGCAGUGAGGCACCUCCAACACAAAACAAGCAAUUCGGAAAGUCAGUUGAGAAAACUUUAUAUGCCAGUUCAGGGAGAGUAUCUGCACCUGCAUCAAGUGUUGAAUCUGAUCCAGUUCCAGCUAGAAAACAUGGGUUUGGGUCAAGCUUGAGCUCUGCUUCUCCUCCAUUUUAUCCAUCUGGCUCUUCCAGCAAAGAAAUUAGUUUGUCACAGAAAAGGGAUGCACAAGCUGGAACAAUUAGCCAGAACCUUCGGUCCUCCGUUAUGGUCGAGAAUUAUUCUAUGUCACAGCCCAAUGCUGUUUUGCGAGGAAAGAAUGUGGUAGAUUCCAUUGGCAUGGACAAGCUUUAUAUUGAUGAAUCAAAUUCUUCAGUUUCUGGGAAGCCUUUGACCAAUUUGCAUGUUCCGCCUUCUGGAUCAUCAACCAAUUCUACUCUAUCUGCUCAGGUGCAAGUUCAGGGGCGAGGUCGAACUCCCUUGGGUCAGGUGACCCAACAACCAACAUCACCUCAAAACCAAGUCAACAGAGUUUCUUCAUCAACUCAACUCCAUUCUAUUCAGCGACAUGCUGGUCAAAGCCGGAUUCAACUUUCUUUACAAGCUUCUGGACAGCAGUGGGCUCAGAGUCCUGGUAGAGCAUCAUCUCACUCUUCAUCUCCACCGAAAGAAGCUCAACCCAUUAAUUCACUUGAACCUGGAGUACGUGAAACUCCUCCAGAAUCAAGUAAAUCCAAGACUGCAUUGGUUGGAAAAGGAAAAGGCAGCAUUCACGGUAGUGGAAGGGGCUCUUUUCUGUAUGGUGGGGCUCAGGUUAUGGGAACUUCUGGAAACAUGGGUGCUGGGCAUGGUGAUCAAAAUUUCCCCAGAGCUCCAGCCUUUUUGCAAGUUAUGCAAUUCGGGGGCCAGCAUCCUGGUGGUAUGGGAGUUCCUGCUGUUGGCAUGGCCUUCCCUGGAUAUGUUGCUCAACCACAACUUGGUUUAAGGAAUUCAGAGAUGACAUGGCUACCCGUUUUAGCUGGUGCAGCAGGAGCACUGGGGUCAUCAUAUUGUCCACCAUAUAUUGCUGUUGAUGGUGCUUAUAAUGCUCGCCCGCCAGGACAGUCAUCUUCUUCGGCUGCUUCUUCAAGCAAAGAAAAUAACACAAAUAAACCCAUUAAUGAAUGGCAGCCUUCGCAGAGAUCUGAGCUUGCAAAUGAUGAGUUUGGGCAACGGCAAAAUAAACUUCGUAGAUAUACAGAGAUGAAGUUUGAUUAGUGAAGCAAUUAGAUAGGUUGGGCGAUUUGAAUAAGCAGAUAAAGGCCUUCUUCCAGGCCCUUUGUGGUCUCCAGUAUAUAUUCUGGAUCACUUUGGGCUGCCAUUGAUUUCAAGAUAUCUUAGGUAAUAACUCUCUUCUUAGUCUUAUGUGUUUUUUUUUUGAAAGGAAUGGUUGUAUUCUCAGUAAUGGCUGGUUGUUUGCCACGUAUGUCCUGCCAAGUGGAGAAAAUUGUAGAUUGUGUGCACAACGUGCAAUUGUGCAAAUGCUUGCAUGUACAUGAUGUAUCGAUGGACGAUUUCAGUGUCUAUGUCUUAUUGGUGAUUCUCUAGAAGGCUUGAUGUUUGAAGCGGAGUUUGAGGAAAAUGCUCUGGGCUCAUUUUGGGUUCGAGCACCUCUGCAGCUGAGCACACCCCAAGAUGCCUGAUAGUCUACUCGUGUAUGUGACAAAUGCCUGCUCAUGCUGCAUCAUUUAAGGAGAAACAAAUAUUUCAGAUUGACGGGUGGCAGUUCUUUGUUCGAAUGUGCGGUAGGAUUAGGCAUAGAGCUAGAGAACUUUGAACUCUUAUUGUUGAUACUUGAAAUUGGACCAAUUUUUUAUAUUCACUUCGUUUCAAUUUCAGGUUUCUUACGGCUUGAUUUUUUCUCCCCAUGGAACUUGUGAGAAUUGUUGUUGAGC